GGUAUAAUAAUUCUAUUCCGUAAUAUCUGAGAAGGAAUGUUUCCACACUAAUCUUUCUAUCAAGAAGACUUAGGAUUGAAUACCAGCCAGAAACACAGCUCUUCUCAGGACUUCCUGUAUGACUGAAGUGGAUUAGCAGCCAAAACAUAUAAAUUAGCCAUGGAAGUAACAGGACUGAAGGUGUGCAUCUUUCUAAUUGUCUUCAGCUGUGUUAGAGCAAAAAGCCAGAAAUCAAUUACAGUUCAACUUGAUGCAAAAUGGUUGGAUACUCCCUUGUUUCUGGAAGCUAGUGAGUAUUUAGCUGAAGAUAGUCCAGAUUAUUUCUGGAAAUAUGUAGAAAGCAUUGUUAGGCUUGGUCCUGGAGCAUUACAGCAAAAAACAGCUAAACAACAGUAUGAGGUAGUAGUUGACAUUGCCAGUAAGCUUUUGUCCCCUCCCAAACUGGCCUUUUUGAAGUUUUCCCUCGCUCUAAGGGUUUAUUCUCCCACAAUAGAAAUGUUUCAUCAGAUAGCGAAGAGUAGUCACUUUCCUUCUGACUGUGAUAGUGUGGCACAAGUAGGAGGAGAGUUUAUCUGUGAUCCAGAAGAAUUAAGAACGUUAUUGGCUUCAGAAUCAAAAAAAUCCCAUACUGAUACUUAUCAAGUUGAUCACCAUUACCCAAGUUCCACAUCAGCUCCUGUUACAGUAAUUUUGUAUGGUGAAAUAGGUACCCCAUCCUUCAUAGAACUUCAUCAGUAUCUGAAGUCAAAAGCUGAAAAAAAAGAAGUUGAUUAUGUAUUACGUCACUAUAUUAGGAGACGCUCAAACAAGAAAGUAAAGCUUUCUGGAUAUGGGGUAGAGCUGGCAAUAAAGAGUACAGAGUACAAAGCUCAGGAUGACACUCAAGUUAAAGAUGAAAAACAAAGAGAUGAAGAUGAAGAAGAACAAGAUAAACCAGAUGAAAUUGAAGGUUUUAUUUUUACAAAACUCCUUGACCUGUAUCCCGAGAAAAAGAUUGAACUUGAAAAUUUCAAAAGCUUUGUACUUGAUAGUACAAAGGAGAUAGCAACACUGAAAGUUUGGGAAUUACAAGAACUCAGUUUACAAGCUGCCCAAAAGAUAAUCAGUUCACCUGUGGAGGAAAGUUUGAAAGUGAUGCAAGAUAUUGCCCAGAACUUUCCAACCCAGGCUCGUUCCCUUGUCCACAUAAGUGUUAAGCCUGAGAUAAAAAAAGAAAUUGAUGCAAAUCAGCAGAUGUUUAUGCAGCAUCAUAAUUUGGCACCAUCUGAUUCGGCUCUUUUUAUCAAUGGCAUGUACUUUGACAUGGAAAUCACAGAUGUUUUCUCACUGGUGCAAGUACUGAAGCAGGAAACCAAACUUCUAGAGGGUCUACAUAACAUUGGUAUCCCUGAAGCAGUUGUUUCAAAACUCUUGAAGCUUGACAUGACAGAAGACAAAGUGGAUUAUGCUGUGGACAUCAGAGAUUCUGCUAUUAUGUACGUGAAUGAUAUAGAAUCAGACAAACAGUAUAGGAAUUGGCCUAGUAGCAUACAAGAUUUGCUUCGACCAUCAUACCCAGGAAUGCUGCGAAAUGUUAGAAAGAACAUAUAUCACUUGGUGAUAGUGGCUGAUCCUUCACAGAGUGAUGUGAGAGACAUCUACAGGCUCGCAGAGUCGUUUUAUGUACACAAAGCUCCUGUCAGGAUAGGACUGGUGUUUGCUGUGAAUUCCAAUGCAUCAGUUGAUGGUUACAGUGACCCAGGGGUAGCAUUGCUGAAUUCAUACAAUUUCAUUGCCCAGGACAAAACAGCAUAUGAAGGGCUGUCUUUCAUCACUGAUGUUUAUGUUGCUAUGGGAGACAAAGAUAUAACUGUAGAAGAUGUCACAAGUUUGUUCAAGUCACGAUAUCCAUCUGAAGACAUGGACAUAGUUUUUGGAAUAGAUUCUGACUAUGAUACUGGAAGAAAGCUUGCUUGGGAUUUUAUUGAAAGAACAGGAAUUGGUUCUCCUCCUCAAGUUUUAAUCAAUGGAAUACCGCUGAAAAAUAAAUAUCUAAAUGGAGAUAUGUUUGAAGAAGCAGUUCUUUCUGAAAUCAUGAAACAAACUCCCUUUAUACAGAAGAGUGUGUACAAGGGAGACUUAUCAGACCAUGAAGAAGUCAUAGAUUUUUUAAUGGCCCAGAAAAAUGUUAUGCCUCGACUUAAUCAGAAAAUCCUUUCCUCAGAUGGCACUUACAUUGAUUUAACUGGGAGAGUUGUUGAAGAUCUUACAAUAGAGGAUUUUAAUUCCCUGAAUGUAGCAGACAUGGCCACAACAUUUUCCGCACAUCUGAAGCAUAUUACAAAACGAGUAGAGGGAAUUUAUUUUCAUCCAUUAACUAUUUGGAUAGCUGGUGAUUAUGACCUGCCUGAAGGUCGAGCUCUGCUUGCUUCUGCACUAGCCCACCUGAAAUCUUCUCAAGAAGUUCGCUUGGGAGUCAUCUUCAACCCAACUGUACCAUUAAGUCCAGGUGUUAUAAGUAAAGCCAUUCAUUCAGCACUCUCCAGCCUGGAGCAGAACACUGCUAAACUUUUCAUCAACAAAUUGUUGAAGGAAGCAAAUAUCAAAGCCAUUGAGGCAGGAAAUAAGACUUUACUCAAUUUUGCAGUUAGUAAUAUGAAUACAGAAAGAUUCUUGGAAGUUUUUGAAAAUGAUGUGACAGAGAUAUUUGCCAGACACUCUUCCUUCAGUAAAAAUGUUCUUGGGCUACCUUCUGGAAGCCGUGCAGUUGUUGCUAAUGGCAGAGUUUAUGGCCCUUUUGAUGAAGAAGAGAAAUUCAGUGAAGAUGACUUCAGUCUCUUAGAAAAAUACUCAAUGAAUAUGUAUGGCACAAAACUUAGUAAAGAACUCAAGAGUUCUCCAGAAAUGGGAAAACAGGACAGUGAGCUGCUAAUGAAAGCUGCAUCAUUAUUACUGGCCAAUCCCCCAAAUCGUGUCAGACAUGAUGUUAAAUUUUACAGUGAUAAGCACAGUGUUAUCACAAUACCUGCAGCGGAUGCAACAGAACCUGCUCAUGAGGUAUUGGCUGUUGUUGAUCCAGUCUCUCGAGGGGCACAGAAGCUAGCCCCCUUGCUUAUGGUCUUACAGCGUGUGAUUAACGCUAAGUUCCGUAUAUUCAUGAACUGUGUGGAAAAACAUUCUAAUAUGCCUUUAAAAAGCUUUUUCCGUUUGGUGUUGGAGCCAGAGCCAGUGUUUAGUCCUGCUGAAGAAUUAGGGGAAGGACCAGUAGCCAUUUUCUCUAAAAUGCCCACUUCUCCAUUACUAACUUUGGCUAUGGCAACACCUGAGAAUUGGCUGGUAGAAGUAAUUGGGUCACCUUAUGAUCUGGAUAACAUUCACUUGGAACAGGUUGAAAGCCAAGUGUAUGCAGAGUUUGAACUUGAACACUUGUUACUAGAAGGUCACUGCUUUGAACAAUCUUCUGGUAACCCACCUCGUGGACUACAGUUUACUCUUGGAACAAACAGUACUCCAGUGAUGGUGGACACAAUUGUAAUGGCAAAUUUGGGAUAUUUCCAAUUGAAAGCAGAACCAGGUGCUUGGCUGUUACGGCUUAGGCAAGGUCGCUCUUCUGAUAUCUAUGAGAUUGUUAGCCAUGAUGGCACAGAUUCUCCACCGAGCUCAAAAGAUGUUGUGGUGAUCAUUAGUAAUUUCAGGAGUCAUGUGAUUAAAGUUCGGGUGAACAAGAAAUCAGGAAAACUCCAUCAAGAGUUAUUGAAUGAUGAUGAUGAUAAUGAUGAUGGGAGCAUAUGGAACUCAAUAACAAGCAUGCCAGUAAUUGGUGGAAUUGUAGCAGAGUGGAGAAAUAUUUGGAACGAUAUUUACAGUAAGUUUUCUGGAGAAAAGAAAGAUAAAGAUGAAGAAGAGGAAGACAAACUCAACAUCUUUUCCCUAGCUUCGGGACAUUUGUAUGAAAGGUUGUUAAGGAUCAUGAUGUUGAGUGUAAUAAAGAACACAAAAACUCCAGUGAAGUUCUGGUUUUUAAAGAACUAUCUCUCUCCAAAUAUUAAAGAUUUCUUGCCAUACAUGUCUAAAAAAUAUGGGUUUGAAUAUGAACUGGUUGAGUAUAAGUGGCCUCGCUGGUUGAAUCAGCAAACUGAAAAACAGCGUAUUAUUUGGGGAUACAAGAUUCUAUUCUUAGAUGUACUUUUUCCCCUGGAUGUGAAGAAAAUAAUUUUUGUAGAUGCUGACCAGGUUGUAAGAGCUGAUUUGAAAGAACUCCGGGAUUUGGAUCUUGGAAGAUCUCCAUAUGGUUAUACCCCUUUCUGUGAUAGUAGGAAGGACAUGGAUGGCUACCGGUUUUGGAAGAGUGGAUAUUGGGCAAGUCACUUAGGAAAUCGAAAAUAUCAUAUUAGUGCUCUUUAUGUGGUAGACUUAAAAAAAUUCAGAAGGAUUGCAGCUGGAGACAGACUCCGUGGUCAAUACCAAGGUUUAAGUCAAGAUCCAAACAGUUUGUCUAAUUUGGAUCAGGACUUGCCUAACAACAUGAUCCAUCAAGUGAACAUUAAAUCUCUGCCACAGGAGUGGCUCUGGUGUGAAACCUGGUGUGAUGAUGAGUCCAAACAGUAUGCAAAGACAAUUGACUUGUGUAAUAAUCCCAAAACAAAAGAAUCAAAGUUAGUGAGUGCAAGAAGAAUUAUUCCAGAAUGGUCUGAUUAUGAUGAUGAAAUUAAACAAUUAUUUGAGACCUACCAAGAGGAAAAACAACUAAAUGAAACAAAACUACUUCAUAAAACAGAAACAAGUCAUAGUCACGUGGAGUUAUGAUAUUGGCCUCUUCCAUGGAAAAUGAUGUACAUUUACUCUCUAAAAACUCCUCUAUCUUAUUGUGGAGAAGUUUGAAUAAAGUGUUUUUAGAAAUUUUCUUUGCAUUUUCCUGAAUCAUGGGUUUAUAUGAAUAAAGAUAUAUAUAUAUACAACAUGAUUUUCAGUUUUAUUUACAGUUUGAUGUACAAUUAUGUGUUGAAUAUCAAGUGUGUAAGUUAUUUGUUAGAUGAAGACUUCCCGUUUUUAUAAUCAGAAAGACUUAUUGUGAUUACUGCAUAUAUUUCAUCUUUGAUUAACGGUCAAAAAAUCUUUUUAUUAUUAGUGUUUGAAAUUGUUAAAAUAUAUGAUUUCUGAACUUCAAAAUAAAUCGUUUACCUAACCAUAUGGUUGUAGGGUAAGUGAAAAAUAGUAAUUAAAAUAAAUAAGUUAACAUGUGGUCUCAAAAACAUGUAGGCAAAAUACUGUGCAAAUGCGACAGUUAAAAAAGAAAAUGCAAAUAAUAGCUUUCAGCUCAUCACUGUUAACCAGAUUAACAAAGACAGAGUGGUUUGCUUUCAAAGUGAUUAACAGAAUUACAGAAUACCAAAUAUUUGAAUUUCAAGUACAUUAUCAAAAAUAUAGAACAUUUUCCUUUCAAGGUUUCACAAAGCUGUAAAGUAUUGUGCGAAUUCUAGUUGUUACACACGAAACUUAAAUACCACUUGCUUUGUGUUCUGUAUAGGGAAUAUAUGAUGUUCAGUGUUUUGAAAGUUCUAAUGACUAUAAAUGAGAUAUCUGCUAAAAGAAAUGAUUUUUUUAAUUAAAAUUAACCUAAAGUGAUA